GGAAUCUGUUCGUGUCUCUCUUUGAAAACGAAUUUCGUGUUUAUUGUCAGGCUUCUUUUUGUAUCAGACACUUUAGAAAACUGAUUUCAAUGAGGGAAGCUGAAGCUGGAAGUCCUAUGAGUAGAGAAUCCAGCCGUCAAUUGGUGAAUGAUAGUAUUAGAAAUGAUGGACUCCUUCCUCAACUAUUCACUUCUGUACCAGCUCUUAAUGAAGCUGCUUCUUAUCUUGCUCAAACAACCUCAUUGAUAACUGGCUGUUUCUCUGAUUAUUCUGUGGAACAUUCUUCGGGAGAUUCUGAGGAUUCAAUUAGACAUGCCCAGGAACUGGUUACUUUUUCUUCUGGACAAACUGAGCAAUCUCAGGAGUAUUCGAGUAAUAUUCAUUCAACUUCAUCUGAACCAUCUACUUCUGCAACUUCCCCUUUGCCUAAUCCUGACGGUGUAACGGAUUCUACUCAUGUGCUUGUAGAAUCAAAUGAUACUGGUCCGAAUGGGAUUUCAAUUUUUAAAGGGCUUAUUGAACGGGCACGGAGAACUGUUCAUGGUUCUGCAGAUGAUAUAGGAUGGCUACAGCGUGAUCCACAGAUGCCUCCAGUUGAAGAUGGAACGGAAAAGUUUUUGGAAAUUCUUGACAAUAUCAGGCAUGGUCUGCACAAACUGCCAAACUCAAUGGUCUACUUGUUAGUUCCAGGUCUGUUUAGCAAUCAUGGUCCACUUUAUUUUGUUAAUACAAAAAUGAGUUUCUCAAAGAUGGGUCUGGCCUGUCACAUUGCCAAGAUUCACAGCGAGGCUUCAGUUGAGAAAAAUGCUAGAGAGAUAAAAGAAUACAUUGAGGAAAUCUAUUGGGGUUCAAAGAAACGUGUUUUGCUUCUUGGACAUAGCAAAGGGGGGGUAGAUGCAGCUGCUGCAUUAUCAUUGUAUUGGCCUGACUUGAAAGAUAAGGUUGCUGGGUUGGCAUUAGCGCAGAGCCCAUAUGGUGGGAGCCCUAUAGCUUCAGAUAUUUUACGAGAAGGACAACUUGGUGAUUAUGUCCAUUUACGGAAACUUAUGGAGAUUCUGAUCUGUAAAGUGAUCAAGGGCGACUUGCAAUCUUUAGAAGACUUGACUUACGAGAGGAGGAAGGAAUUUUUGAGGAAACACCAACUACCAAGAGAACUUCCUGUCGUCUCAUUUCAUACGGAAGCUGGCAUUACUCCUGCAGUUCUUGCCACAUUAUCUCAUGUUGCUCAUGCAGAGCUGCCCUCCCUAUCAGCAGGCGAACCUGCAAAAGUUGCAGUGGUAAUGCCCCUUGGUGCGGCAAUGGCAGCAUGUGCCCAGCUUUUACAGGUGAGGUAUGGUGAGAAGAGUGAUGGGCUUGUCACCUGUCGUGAUGCGGAAGUACCUGGAUCCAUUGUAGUGCGGCCUAAACGUAAACUAGACCAUGCUUGGAUGGUUUAUUCUUCAUUGAAUGAUGAUCCUUCUGAGGCAGAUGCUUCCCAAGUUUGUGAGGCACUUUUGACUUUGCUUGUGGAAGUUGGGCAGAAAAAGAGGCAUGAACUUGCAAUGAAAGAUGAAUGACAUGUAUUAUUCCAUUCCACAUCUCAUGUUAUCAUGCCGUGGUGAACUGUUAUAGUUAUACCCUUUUCUAUUUUAUUAUUCCAUAUUUUCUUUCCUUAUCAACAUGGCGUCAUUUUUUAUUGAAUUGGACACUUUUUUGUGUGUAUAUAAAUGGACUGCAGACGCUCAAGCUUAGAAUGUAAAGAUCAAAAAGAAAUUUACUUUGAAACCAGCAAUAAUAAUAAUAAAAAGUCAAGAGAUAUAGACAGAUGAA